AUGCCUGUACAGACGCUGCGCCAGCUGGCCAAGACUGCGACGGGGGUUGCCACGGCAGCAAUGCUGGCGCUGGGCUCUGUGGCGCCGCUGCCGGCAGCAGCUGUCCUGAACAGCCCCAUUGCCUCGGUGCCACGCUCAGCUGACGUGGCGCUGCGUCGCUCCAUCCCAGCCUUCAACCAGGAUGUGCGAACGGUGCAGUCGCGGCUGGAGGCCAUCGGCUUCAAGCUGCGCAUCCCGCAGCGCAAGCCCUGGCAGUCGAUGGCCGAGGACACGGCGACCGCGGCGGCGCUGGCCGCCGACCAGCAGCUGAUGAUGGCUGGGGUGCUUCCGGGAGAUGAGGCGCAGGCAGAGGAGCUGUUGGCAGAGCUGCGCGUGCAGCUGGACAGGCUGGCGAGGUCGAUCGAGGCCAAGAACCCAGAUCGGACCUCUGUGCGAGUGGCCAAUGCACUGGAGGAGGCGCCUGGGCUGCCCUACCAGCUCCCUCGCCAGCUCACCGACUACCCUGCUCUAGCAGGGCGGGCUGUUGUGGAGCUGACUGUGGAGAAGGCCAGCGGGGAGCGCGUGUUUGUGGACCAGAACAGCGACGCUGGCCCGCAGAAGCGCGCCAAGCUGCAGCUGGUGCUGGAUGGCUACUCAGCCCCCAUCACCGCCGCCAACCUGGCAGCCAACUUCUCUGCGGGUCUCUACAACGGCCUCCCGCUGUCAGUCAACGGCGUCUCCGUGCUGGCAGGCACGCCGGCGCCGGAGGCUGAGGACAGCGCGUUUGAUGAGGACGCCCGCGACGCCCCCAGCGGCCUCAAAGCGCCCAGCAGCCUGGAGGUUGGCACCAGCGGGGGGGAUGUUGGCGGCCGGCGCAUGGCGCCGACAGCGCUGCCGCUUGAGAUCCUGGCCGCCGGCGACUUUGAGCCUGUGUAUCGCUCUACCUUGGACGUUCGGAGCGGCGAGCUGCCUGUGCUGCCACUCAGCAUCUAUGGCGCAGGCAAGUUGCUUCAGGCGGUUGCUAUGGCUCACCUUCCUGAUAGCAGCGGCAGCGGCUACGCGGGCCUGGCGGGGCUCAGUUUUGAUGAGGGCGAGUUCGGUGUCUGUGGUUACGUCACCAAGGGCCUGGAUGCCUUGAGCAAGCUGGAGGAUGGCGACCGCAUUGUGAAAGCCAAAGUGGUGUCGGGGCUGGACAAGCUCACCUGA